CGCGCGCUGCACGCCGUAAAGCAAACAAGUAGUGAUUCAAAGAGGCGAAUGUUUGUUCAGCCCCUCAGCGGCACAUCAGCCACGUGCCAUGGCGAGCCGUUCAGCUCCAAGGGUUCAGUGACGCGCGCGGAUCCGAUCGUGCAUUAGCCAAGGGAUCUACGUCGACUAUGUCGCCAACCCGUUAUCCACCUCCCCGAAUUGGCUUUCAUUGCGGCAGUGAGCUGAAAAAGUGCCGGGCUCAAGAAACUCGCCUCUUUGCGUGCCAAGAUACAAGCCAUGAUGAAAAGUAUAUAAGGGAUUGCUUCCUGCCCAGUCUGUUGGGAUGGUUUGCUCAUCACAAUCUAUCCGCAACAGACAAAAUGAAGGUCCUCGCUGUUCUCGCCGCUACUCUAGGCCUCGCCUCUGCGCAGGCCAAGCUCACCAACUCCCAAGCCGUCUCGCAGCUGUCGGCCUCGGGCAUCAGCGUCUCCUCCUCGGGUGGCUGCUCGGAUCGCAACACACCCACCUGCACGUCCCUCGAGCAGGUCAACGCCGUCACAAUUGCCGGCGCAAAGACCCUCAAGGGCGCCUGCGGCUGCACCGUCACCGUCACGGGUGGUACCGAGGUGGGCCAUGCCAGCGGCACGUACUCCCACUACAACGGGUACAAGCUGGACUUCUCCAAGACAUCUGGCCUGAACUCGUAUGUCACCAACACCUUUACAAGGAUCGCCGACAGAGGAGAUGGCUAUCCUCAGUGGCAGGCGGCCUCGGGCAACCUGUAUUGUGUAAGUGUCGAUGAAGGUUGUUUUAUGACAAAAGCUGACAAUAAGUAGGACGAGGGCAACCACUGGGAUGUGACCUUUUACACGGAUGGGAACUAAGG